CGGUGCGGCCCGGCCACGGGGAGACCCCCACGGGGAGAGGGCCCGGGGAGCGGCCUGGCGGCAGGGGGCCUAGCGCGGCCUGGACCCCAGCGCCGCUGGCCCACAGUGUGGCGGGGAGGGGACUCGGCCGGGCCUCGCAGCCCCGCGCCCCCCUCAGCCCGCACCCUGACAGCGGGCCCUGGUCCCUUCCGGUCCCUGCCGAGGAGCAGACCCCGAUCCCCAUUGGCUUCCUUCGGCGGGGCCCCGAGCGGACGGGGAAGGCCGCGGUGACUGUCCGCCCGGGGGAGCAAGGAAGUGGGAGCAGCCGUAGGCUGUGUGCGGUCCCCUCCGCCAUGCGCUGGGGUCGGGGGUACUACAGCAGAGCUCGCCCAGACGUCACUGCCCGAGCAAUGGCUGAGACAAUGAUUUGCAAGGCACUAAUAGUUCUGGAUUGUUGGGUGGUCUUGAUGUUCGCAGACGAAUCCCUAUAAAGCUUAUCUCCAAACAGCCCAACAAAACCAAACCUGCACCACGCGCUCCAAGAAUUAUGAACAGGAUGCCUUCAAAGGCACAGGGUGGUGAUGAAGAAGAAUUUGAUUAUAAUGAAGAGGAGCGGUAUGAGUGCAAAGGAGCGGACAUAUUUGGGAAUCCAAGAAGAUUCCCUGGACACAUAUUUUGGGACUUUAAGAUAAACUUGCUGGGAGAAAAGGAUGAUACCCCAGUCCAUUUCUGUGACAAGUGUGGAUUGCCUAUCAAAUUGUAUGGGCGCAUGAUACCUUGCAAGCAUGUUUUCUGCUAUGACUGUGCUAUAUUACAUGAGAAGAAGGGUGACAAGAUGUGCCCAGGCUGUAAUGAUCCCGUACAGCGAAUUGAGCAAUGUGUGCGAGGGUCUCUCUUCAUGUGUAGCAUUGUUCAAGGGUGCAAGAGAACAUAUUUGUCUCAGAGAGACUUACAAGCUCACAUCAACCAUCGUCAUAUGAGAGCUGGAAAACCUGUUACCCGUCCUCCACUUGAACCUGUUCAUCCUCCUAUUGCACCACCUCCUGCUGAAAUUCCUGAGCGUUUCAUAAUGCCACCUGAUAAGCAUCAUAUGAGCCAUAUUCCACCAAAGCAGCACCUCAUGAUGCCACCACCUCCUAUACAGCAUGUGCAACACGAGCAUUAUAACCAACCACAUGAGGACAUUCGUGCACCCCCAGCAGAGAUGUCAAUGGCUCCACCACCUCCUCGCUCAGUCAGUCAGGAUACGUUUCGUAUUUCCACGAGAAAACACAGCAAUUUAAUAACUGUCCCUAUUCAGGAUGAUUCAAAUUCAGGUGCUCGAGAACCACCUCCACCAGCCCCAGCACCUACUCAUCAUCAUCCUGAAUAUCAGGGUCAACCAGUGGUAUCCCAUCCUCAUCAUAUUAUGCCUCCACAGCAACAUUAUGCACCACCCCCGCCACCACCACCACCAAUAAGCCAUCCAAUGCAGCAUCCUCCCCAGGGAGCAGGUACUCCUCAUAUGGUUUAUAGCCAAGCUCCACCACCACCGAUGACCUCUGCUCCACCACCAAUAACCCCUCCCCCUGGACACAUAAUUGCCCAAAUGCCACCAUAUAUGAAUCACCCUCCUCCAGGACCUCCCCCUCCACAACAUGGUGGCCCACCUGUAAAUGUAAAUGCACCCCCUCCCCAUCACUAUAAUCCUAACUCUUUGCCGCAGUUCAGUGAAGAUCAAGGAACUCUCAGCCCUCCUUUUACACAGCCUGGGGGAAUGAGUCCAGGGAUGUGGCCCGCUCCAAGAGGGCCUCCUCCACCCCCAAGAAUGCAAGGUCCACCUUCUCAAGCCCCACUUCCUGGACCACAUCACCCAGAUCAAACCAGAUAUAGACCAUACUACCAAUGAUAUUAACAAUAAUUUGAACUGAGUAUGCUAUGGGAAGGAUAAACUAUAUACAGCAGCCUUUUAAUAAAUCUGUUUUUGGGGUCUCUCUCUCUUUUUUUCUUCCCCCUUUCCCCCUUCCCCUUUCAAAGAAAUACAAUGGUUGUGACUAACACACUCUGGACUGAUUUUUAUACCUUGACCUUAGGACUCUGACUUCAAAUAUACUGUAGUGCUAAGAUAAGUGGCUCAGUAGAUAACAGCUUUUUUUUAACAGAUUGUGUUCCUAGUGAGGUUAAACUCUCUGAGAGAUGGUUAUUUGUAAUAUAAUUUCCUGAAAAAUUGAAAACCCAUUGUACCACACUCUAUUGUUUUUGUUAAAUCCAAUGUUUAGUUUUACUUGUGAUACCUUUUUUGUUAACUUGUGUACAAUAAUUAAAUUUAAAUAUGGUUGUAAAAA